GUCAAUUACAGUACAACACUACAAAACCCAUAAUCAAUUUUAGUUGCAAAUAUUAUUAGGACAAAAGCAGUCCAGUCCACAUGGAAGACAUACCUGAUGAUUCUCUUUUUCUAGGCCUUGACAACUCUACUCAGUCAUUAAAGGCAACUGUGUUAGAUUCAAGUCUCAACAUUGUAUGUACUGAAAUCAUCAAUUUUGAUACUGAAUUGCCACAUUACAAAACCAAAGGUGGUGUGCAUAGAGAUCCAUUUAUUAGUGGCAGGAUUACUUCCCCUACCUUGAUGUGGAUAGAAGCAUUAGAUGUCAUUUUACUAAGAUUGCAAACUUCCCCAAAACUUGAUAUCGAUAAAAUCGUAGCUGUUUCUGGCAGUGCACAACAGCAUGGUAGUGUGUAUUGGAAAAAGGGUAGUUUAGGGAUUUUAUCAUAUCUUGAUUCCAAGAAGCCUUUGGUUGAGCAGUUUGAGAAUGCUUUUUCGACAAAAGAUUCACCUAUAUGGAUGGAUAAUAGCACAACAGAACAAUGUGAAGCCAUUGAGAAAGCUCUUGGAGGUGCAUUAGAGUUGGCAAAAUUGACAGGCUCUCGGGCUCAUGAGAGAUGUACAGGACCACAAAUUCGAAGAAUUUAUGAAACAUGCCCUCAAGUGUAUCACAAUACGGAACGGAUCUCACUUGUUAGCUCAUUUAUGGCGUGUAUUCUCAUUGGAGGGUAUGCUUGUAUUGAUCAUACUGAUGGGGCAGGGAUGAAUUUAAUGGAUAUCAAGGAAAGGGCAUGGUCUAAUCUAGCUUUGGAGGCCACAGCCCCAGGUUUAGAAGAUAAACUCGGAAAUUUGGCACCUGCACAUGCUAUUGCUGGUUUAAUUGCCCCGUAUUUUGUUGAGAGAUUUCAGUUCAACAAGGAUUGUUUGGUUAUUCAAUGGUCUGGUGAUAAUCCUAACAGCCUGGCAGGAUUGACUCUCAACACACCAGGGGAUCUUGCAAUCAGUCUUGGCACCAGUGAUACGGUCUUCGGAAUUACCAUGAACCAUAGUCCAAAUCUGGAAGGGAAUUUUUUUCCAAAUCCCGUUGAUAAAGAAGGUUAUAUGGUGAUGUUAGUUUAUAAGAACGGAUCUCUCACCCGUGAAGAUAUACGUGAUCGAUGUGCUGAGAGAUCGUGGGAAGUGUUUAACCACUUUCUGCAACAAACACCGCCGUUAAACUUCAUUUUCCAGGUGGAAAGAUCGGUUUUUAUUACAAGGAUCAUGAAAUACUACCUCCUCUACCAGGUACGAUGGUCAUCUCUAUCUGAUAAUUUAGAUUAUAUAUUCUUUUGUCGUCAGUUAGAACAGUGGAUGCUCAUUCAUUUACUAGUCGGUUUCCAUCGAUAUGCACUGGAGGAUUUUGAUGGGAAGACUUUAGAUCGUCUGGUUGAACAUGAAGUGAAGAAUUUUGAUCCCCCUUCAGAGGUUCGGGCAUUGGUAGAAGGACAAUUUGUCUCGAUGAGAGGUCAUAUCGAAAAAUGUGGGAUGUUGUCACCUCCAGAGCGGAUCAUAGCAACGGGUGGGGCAUCAGCAAACCAUGGUAUUUUAAGUUGUUUGGCUUCCGUAUUUGGCUGCAAUGUCUAUACAGUUCAAAGACCAGAUUCGGCUUCGUUAGGAGCUGCAUUAAGGGCAGCUCAUGGACUGUUGUGCUAUACGAAAGGUGGCUUUGUACCAAUUUCUGGCCUAUACAUAGAUAAGUUGGAGAAAACAGCUCUUGGAUGUAAGCUUGCUGUGGCUAGCAACCAUACUGCUGCUAAUUAUGCCAGCUUUGUGAAGAAGCGCAUGGAGAUUGAGAACCGCCUUGUUGAGACAUUGGGCCGCAGGUGAUAUGAAUUGGUAUUGGUCGAAUUGGAUUGGUUUGCUCGGCUGGUUGGAGUCAUGGUGUUUUUCCCCAGACACGGGUCGAGCCUUGGCUGAUGCGUUUUGGUAGGGUUUUUUGCUUGGAGACCGUUGCGCUCAUGCCUCUGUGGUGCUACCAAGCUAAGCCACAUGCUGAGCUCGACACUUCACCCUUGUAUGGCGAAUUUGGGGAGUAUUCGAUACUGACUGUCCAAAAAAGAAAUUAAGAUCUUUAUUUAAUAGCUAGUACAGUUUUUAGCUAGUGUUAGAUGUAUCAGUGGUACAGUUUCUCUUUUUACAGUAAGAUUAAUACAAUAAAUCUUGGAUGCGGCGUAAUCUAAUAUGCAUCCUGGGUUACAAAAAUACAUCUGACAACUAGCAUUGUGAACACAUUAUGACUA